CAAGGGGGAGGAGAGACAUCCUCCAUCUCACCCCAACACAACCGCAUAACAACACCAGUCCAUCAUUAGAUGUGCAAGUAAUUCCCCUUGUUAGCUUGCAGGGGGAUAGGUAGGAAGAUAUAGAUGUCCCUCUUGUCACCUCCACCACCGUUGACGAUGACACGCGGUGCGUCGCAUAGUGGAGGCACCGCCAUGGGCAUUGGUGGUUCCUAUGGGCCGGUGAUCGUGGCUCUGGCGAUCAUCGCUACCCUCACGGUUGCUUCUAUUGCCGUUGGUCAGCUUUGCGUGGGACGUGGCACACCCAUCAAGCCUGGGCAAGGUAUGGGAGCCUUUGUGAAGAAGAGCAUAGGAGGGAACAAAGCUGCCUAUGAUGAUGCCCUCCCUGAGAAGAAGAAGGAAGAAGACGUGGAGAACGCCACUGUGGAGGAGGUGGAGAAAUCGGAGCCACCAAAGGUGGAAGAGGACGAUGACGGGAGUUCUUCUCAAGUGAGCUCCUAGUAUGGGAAUCGAUCUGUUUUUUUUGUUGUUGCUUUUGUGGAGGGGUUUCCAAGACUCUUUCUGUGUGUUCCUUUGAUUCCAUGGUGUAAUUGAUAUCUUGGGAGGGAUUCAAUGGAAUUGAAGAAUAAUAAAUGAUAUAUUUUGUCUGGUUUGUUGUU